AUGAUGAUCAUUACUUGGAACUGCCGAGGGCUUGGGAACCCUCGGACAGUUAGAGAGCUUUGCUGCUUGGUAAAGCAAAAGAAGCCCGUAUUGGUUUUCCUAAUGGAAACCAAAUUACGGAAGGAUAGAAUGGAGAGUAUUCGAUGUAAACUCGGUUUCUUGAGUAUGUUUGUGGUUGAUAGUGUGGGGAGAAGUGGAGGUUUAACCCUCUUUUGGGGAGAGGAAAUAUGUGUUAUAAUCCAAAAUUUUAGUCAACGUCAUAUCAAUGGCGUCAUUAAAAUUUCGGAGAGGGACACGCCAUGGAAAUUCACAGGUUUUUAUGGCCAUCCCCAAGUGGCUAAAAGAGAAGAAGCAUGGGCUUUACUCCAAUAUCUUGCCCAUUUGGCCCCUAGUCCAUGGGUUUGCAUCGGUGACUUCAACGAAAUUGUGGAAAGCUUGGAAAAAUUGGGUGGGGCAGGACGUGCAAAUAGCCAAAUGCUAGCCUUCCGCCGAGCCCUAGAAAAUUGUGAACUUUCGGACCUUGGGUUCCGAGGCCCGAAGUUUACUUGGAGCAAUUGUAGAGAAGAGGAUGAAUUUACUAAGGAACGUUUAGACAAGGGUGUGGCAAAUUCUGAAUGGAGAAGUUUGUUUCCGGAAAUGGAGGUGGUAGUAGAAGUCUCCAUUUGCUCUGACCAUACUCCUUUAAUUCUUUAUCUAGUGGGAAUUGGCAUGCAUGGGAGGGGGAGCCGAAGCUUCCGAUAUGAGACAAAAUGGAGGUGUGAUGAGGGCUUUGAAGCGAUUUUACAGCAAGCUUGGGUUCCCACAACUAACAUAGAUAAUGGGUGGAAUGCUGUUAGUUCAAACUUAUUACGAUGCCAAAAAUUUCUCAUGCGCUGGCAGAAGGGAAGAAAUGAAGAUACUGCAGGGAAAAUAAAAAAUUUACAAAGAAGGCUACGUGUACUACAGGGGACCGAGGAUGAGGACGUGGGGGGAGAGACCAGAAUUGUCCAAAAGGAUCUGAGUUUAUUGCUGGAAAAAUCAGAUUCUCAGUGGCGGCAGAGAGCAAAAAUAAACUAG